AUGAAUACCUCGUCGUCACCACCACCUCCUUCGAAUGAAGACCAUGAAUCACUCUUGCUGGAAUCACCAUCACCACCACCUGCAGCUACUACUGCUACCGACCUUGAAGAACCAUGCGAGAUUCAAACCCAUAUGCGGUCAUUUCUAAAACAACAUACAGCGUACGAUGUCUUGCCUGUGAGUUACAGACUCAUUGUUUUUGAUACCCGUCUUUUGGUGAAGAAAGCACUAGGAGCACUUGUACAAAAUGGGAUCGUCUCGGCACCUUUAUGGUCAAGCGAUACACACCAAUUCGCCGGCAUGUUAACGGUCUCCGAUUUCGUACACCUUAUUCAAUACUAUUAUCAUCACAUGUCAGUCGAGGAUGCUCUACAAGAUAUUGAAAAGUUCGAGAUUGGCCAUUUACGCGACCUUGAGAAGAAAUUGGAUAUGCCAGCACCGCAAUUGGUAUCCAUGCAUCCCAUGGCGACCUUGUAUGAUGCCUGUCAGCUCUUGGCAACGAGUCGUGCUCAUCGCGUACCCUUGUUGGAUCAUGAUCAUCUCGGCACAGAAACCAUCAUCAGUGUUGUCACCCAAUACCGUAUCCUCAAGUUCAUUGCCGUCAAUUUCAAGCAUACACAAUCAUUACGACGCACAUUGGCCGAUUUGAAAAUUGGGACCUACAAGAACAUCGCAACUGCUACCAUGACUACGCCUGUGGUUGAUCUUAUCAAUACCUUUGUCGACAAGAAAAUAAGUGCUGUGCCGAUCGUAGAUGACCAAAAUGUUGUAUUGAAUGUAUACGAAACGGUGGAUGUCAUGAGUAUAGCCAGGGCAGGCCGAUUUAAUGAUCUUGACAUGCCGGUGGAAGAAGCAUUGGAAGCACGUCCCAAGAACUAUCCUGGUGUGCACACAUGCACUUUGAAUGACACCUUGUACUCAGUAUUUCGGACGAUAAGGAAACAGCGAGUCUAUCGGUUGAUUGUGAUAGAUCAAGAUCAAAAACUCGUGGGCAUUGUGAGUCUUUCAGAUAUCCUUGGUUACCUUGUAGGUUAUGAACAUUAA